ACCAUUAACGUCACGCGCAAAUGUCAUCAUAUUUAGAAGUUUUCAACCGGAAGUUUCGCGGGAAAUUUAAAAUUGCACUUUAUAAGUUAACCCGGCCGUAUUGGCAUGUGUUGCAAUGUUAAGAUUUCAUCAUUGAUAUAUAAACUAUCAGACUGCGUGGUCGGUAGUAGUGGGUUUCAGUAGGCCUUUAAGCACAAUAAGCACUUUAGCACCUGUCCAUUGCAGCAAAAUGUGCCCCCUUGUUAUCACAAUACAACCAAGCAAGUAGCUUGUUGGCGUUUGGGAUUCACUAAGUUGUUGCCAGAGGUUAGAAUCAAGUAACAGGCCCAUUUAAAAUGUUGCCUGCCUCUGAAACAACAGCAGCCUCUAAUGCUGCCUUUGUAUGUCACUAAUAGGAGGAUUGCUGCCUCCUAACACGAUCAGUUGUGCAAAUAGUUUUUGUCUGCAUUUCUUGAGGAUUGCAUCAGAUCCAACAAUGCUUCUGAUUUUGAUUUUUUUGUACAUCAACAGACUAACUUUCUAACAUUCUUUAGCCCUUAAAGGCCUACUGAAAUGAAAUUUUUUUAUUUAAACGGGGAUAGCAGAUCUAUUCUAUGUGUCAUACUUGAUCAUUUCGCGAUAUUGCCAUAUUUUUGCUGAAAGGAUUUAGAAUAGAAAAACGACGAUAAAUGUUGAUAUAGACUUAGUAGACACAACGUAUAUUAAGUAUAUUGAGUUUUAUUCCAGACACUGAGGCAGCCGACAUGUCAACAUAGUUCCCUCCAUGAAGUCCAUAUCCCAGCAGCCCCUGCUGCCCCGCCUCCAGCAUGAAUAGCCGUAAAGGGAAACAUAGAACUGUCGUAAAGUGUUCAUUGGAGAACAACACACGUUAACAAUCUCCCUCUUCUUUCUUUAAAAUAAGAAAAACAAAAGCCAAGUGCAACAAGGGAAAAGGCAAUUGAAAAACAUUCAAGAAAAUAACAAAAUACAAUCAGCAUUCUCGCCUGUUUUUUUUUUUUUUUUUUUUUUUUUUUUUAAACAACAAUUAGGGUGAAUUCCAAUUAGGGUGGAUUCCACAGUCCUUCACAUAGUGCUUUCAAGAGCACUAGGGAUGAUGCCCCCUUUUUCGUCAGACAGUCAGCUAGUUGGGCUUUUGUCACUGACCAGAGCACCUUUUUGAUUGUUUUACUCUGAAUGAGCUCCUUGAUCCCGCUUAUAUCCAACCGAAGUCUCUUCUCUGUGACCUGUUUAGUGGACUUAAGGGCAUCAUAAAGAGAGUGAUUGUCAGUCACACAGACCAACGUGGGAGCAUUUAAUUUGGUGGUCCCAGUAGUGAGCUCCGAAAAAAGAGUAGAAAGGAAAAUAGCAUUGUCUAUUCCAUCCGACAUAGCGAGUGUCUCUCCCGCAAGGGUGCUCCGCACCACACGCCUGAUCCUCUUAGAUUGCCAACAGAGAGGAGAAAACUUCCCGUUUUCCCCCAUGAGAGUGAUCAAUGUCCCUCCUUGAGUACCUCCAUCAGGCAAGUUUCCCAGCGAGGCAUCACUGAAGACAGUCAAGUUCAAAGCAUCAUUAUUACCCAAAUGUUGAAAUUUUAGAGUAACCUUUCCUGCUUUAAGUUUACGAAUCACCUUAUUUGCAUCAUGAAUGGACUGCACAGUAGCAUUUUUCAGAAUAGAUGCCAAAAUACAAGCGUCAAACAUAACAUCAGGUCUAGUUUGUUUUGCAACCCAAAGAAUUUGUCCUAUUUUUGAUCUCAGCUGCUCUCUUUCCGUUUCACUAAGAGCUGAAUCUCUCUGUAUAGCACGUGCUGGCUGCAUGUUUAUGGGUUGCAUGUUGUCAAUAUAGCCCUGCUGAUUCAUCUCAAUUACACCAUUUACAGUGGCAAUGUCCAUUCCUACAUAGCAGAAAUUAUCAUGUUCCUCACGUCCCACACGGAACGCACACUUCAGUCGAGGAAUCACAUCAGUUACAAAGUUUUGUGAACCUGCCCAGAGAAAAUCAUCCACAUGACAUGCAAGUACCCCUUUAACUUUGCAUUGUUCAUCCAACCAAUAAAAGACUGCAGGAUCCACUUGUGACACUUUACCACUUGUGCUCAGCAUUAUUUCUUUCACUCUAUUAUACCAAUAAAGUGAUGCAUCAGCAAGACCAUAUACACAUUUCUUAAGUUUCCAUAGCACCCCUUUACUGUUUGCUUCUGGGGGGGGGUGAACAUGAAUGUCCCUUGAUAACUCCAUGCCUUGCAAAAAGGCAGAUUUAAUGUCCAUAGAAUGGACCUUCCACUGAUUUUGGCUAAUCACUGCUAGCAAUAACCUCAGGGAUUCAGAAGCACAGGUUGGUGAAUCUUUUUGCACCUGUUGGAUAUUGAACUCUUCAAAACCCCUGGCUACAAGUCUAGCUUUAGGCACAAUACCGUUCUCAGUUUCUUUUAGACUACAGACCCAACGGGUGGAAACACAUCUUUGGCCUGUAUCUUCAACUUCUUCAAAAACAUUAUUAUUGUUCCAGUUUUCAAUCUCUAUUUGUUUAGCUUCAUCAAAUGAUAUGUCUUUUGUUAUAAGUACAUCAGCAUCCAUGACUUCUGAAUCGGACUCAAUGCUGAGACUAUUCACACGUGACAGAUCAACAGCUUCUUUUUGACCAUGACUCCCAUCAUUUUCAAUAAAUUGCAGGUUAUACCAAUUUUUAUACCCUCCUGUGGCUUUGCCUGCUCUACCUAGGACUUUUGCUUUACAUAGAACACUUUCAUCACUUUUCAUAAAGGUUACAGUAUGUCCCGCUUUUACCUUGACACUGGACACAGGAAUAACAGGGUUAUCAUUAUAGACAUUGUGCUCCAUUUGAGUUUGAAUUACAUCAUUAUGAGUCACUAACGAAUGAGCUCCCUCUCCUGCAUUGGACUCUCUGUCACUUUCCUGUUCGUUAUCAGCAUCUGUGUUUUGUGUACUGAAUGAGCCACCUGUGGCUCUGUUCACUACAUCUGUGUUUUCACUGUCUGCUGCUUGAUUCUGUACAAUUAUCUCACUGUUUGUGUCAUCGAGAACCUCACUUUGAGCAGUUGUGUGUAACUUAUUAAGCCUCAAGUGAUGUACUCUAACAAGGAUACCACCAUGUCUUACAAAUACAACAGCCCCAUCCUGACCAAUAACUAUCCCUGGUCCCUUCCACUCUGUACUGUCAGCUCGUUUGUAAUAGACCUUGUCUCCUGUCUCAUAUUUUUCAUCUGUGGAUCUGAGCUGCUUACGUAACGCUCUCCUUAUUCUCUCUGAACAUUCAGCUUCAGUGAAAGCCUUCCUAGAAGCAUGCAACGCUGAUAUGUGUUGUCCUACCCUUGCACUAACAGUAGUGCCUUCGAGUGCAGGUAGUUUAUCAAUUAAUACAGAGGGAAGGUUAGGGUUUUGACCAAAUACCAGUUGAUGUGGGCUAUAACCAUGAACACUGUGCAUACAGUUCUUAGCCAUAAGAGCCCAGUCUAGGGCAGUGUGCCAGUCACAUCCAUUUUCCCGUCUCACCUUCAGUAGGAUGUCGGUGAGAGUCUGAUUGUGUCUCUCCAACAGCCCGUUGCUCCAGGGACUGUAUCCUGCUGUUGUCCUCGUCUCGAUGUUGAAGUUUUCGGCCAUGUCACGAAACUCUUCAUUAUUGAACUCUCCACCGUUGUCGCUGUACAAAAUACGAGGAGGGCCGUGAACACUUAUCCAUGUGUGGAUGAGGGCGUUGACCAUUUCAGAGGCCUUCUUUGUCUUCACAAUGCUUCCUGCACUGAACCGGGUGAAUUGGUCGAUCACAUGUAGAUACCACACUCCUGGCUCCAACUCAUGCAGGUCCACCGCCACCGUCUCAUUAUAUUCUGUAGCUAGAGGCAGACCAACAGCUGGCCUCGGCUUCGCUUUGCUGUAUCUCUGACAUAUGUCACAAUCAUGCACUAUUUGUUGCAAAAUAGUGAGGCAGUCCUUGUCUUUAUUACCCGAGCUUUGAAUUAGCCUCUGCAGCCUGUCUGCAGAUGCGUGGCCAAACUGUUUGUGUAGCUUGAGAAGGAUUUUGCGCUUUUCGGCUGAAGACAUGUUUUCUGUCACUGUCAGGACUUCAUCUUCAGCUGUCGCUGCAAGUAUCACGUCAUCUUUCAUUUGCUGUGUUGUGCUGUUUUUGUCUCUUAUGUCCACACAGUAGUGUCCUGAGCUGGUGAACUCAAGAGGAAUCUGCUGUUUAAACAUCACUGCUCUGUCAUUCUCCAUAUCUAAAACAGUUCCUGCCUUCUUCAGUGAGGACUUACUCAGCAGCAGUGGAAUGUCAGCGUUGACCACUUCUGUCUCAAUGUGACAUUUUGUUUGUCCUAUUUUGGCAGGUAGUUUCACUUUUCUGGUGGAAUAUACUAAGUUGCCAUCUCCAAAACGAAAUGGUCUUGAACUGGUGUUUUCUGUCCUCAUCAUUUUGUCUGUCUGCUCUUGACUGAGACAACUAACAUAACUGUCAAGCCAUUUCUCCCCACAUACUGUACGAGUGCAUGCCGUGUCUAUGAUGGCUGAUCCCAGGGAUUCAGUUAUGAAAAUCUCAGCGUCAGACAUAGGGUCAUUUGUCAACAACGUUAUGUUAACUUCUUCUACAUUUUCGUCUUCUGUUAGUCUUACUUGUUCGUUCUUCUUGUAAGGACAGUCCUUGGCCCAAUGAAAUGUGCUUUGACAAACGGCACAUCUUGAACGCUUACCGAACUUAUCCAAUGGGUUGGUGCCCGGCAACGGUGUCCUUUCACUCUUCUGUUGAAACGUGUUCCGUCUUCCCUGUCCUUGUCGUUGUCGUUGUUCAGUGAAGAAAGCUGCAUCUUGGUUUAGUUGAAUCCCGUGCGACAAACCUGGCGCCGUUUUCGCUCCAAAAAUCCGCUUGAGUGCCGACUUCAUGGACGCAAACUUUAGGUCGGGGCACGCCGUUAGUGCAAGUUGUCUGUUUUUCUCAUCGAGGCAGGCCGUGUCCAACAACUUGAAGGCUAACACAGCAUCUGGAAGCGCCAUGUCGUACUUUUUAAUUCGAUUGUAUCGCUGCUCAAAGUCAAUUAUGUAGUCUGCCAUUGAAACGGAACUGUCUUUCAUUAAACGAUCAAACUGGGAAUACGCUUCGUACGCGCGGUCCUUUUCUUCUUGCUGAAACACACCGUCCAGUUUUGCUAGUAAUGUCGCCAUACCAGUGUCUUUGUCCAAGUCGUCUGCUGGUAUCUCCAUAGCGAUAUCCUUGGCUCGUCCUUCCAGACCCAAAGCCACAGCAAGCGCCUGCUUCUUCUUGUCGAGUUCGGUAACUCGUGCCCAUAUGUUAACUUCAUUUUUCCAACAUUCAUACGGCCUGGUUUCGUCAAACUUCGGCGGUACUCUGUAGUUCGCAGCCAUCUUCAAACCAUCCUCUGCUACCAAUGUUGAUAUAGACUUAGUAGACACAACGUAUAUUAAGUAUAUUGAGUUUUAUUCCAGACACUGAGGCAGCCGACAUGUCAACAUAGUUCCCUCCAUGAAGUCCAUAUCCCAGCAGCCCCUGCUGCCCCGCCUCCAGCAUGAAUAGCCGUAAAGGGAAACAUAGAACUGUCGUAAAGUGUUCAUUGGAGAACAACACACGUUAACAAUAAAGAUAGCAACUUUUGGUAUCUGACAAAAAAAAGCCUUGCCCCUACCGGAAGUAGCGUGACGUGGACAAUUGAACAUAUCCGCAAAGCUCCCUAUUGUUUGCAAUGAUGGCCGCCAGAUCUGAGAGCGAUUCUGACCGAGAUAGCGACGAUUUCUCCAUUAAUUUGAGCGAGGAUGAAAGAUUUGUGGAUGAGGAAAGUGCAAGUGAAGGACUAGUGGGGAGUGGAAGCGAUUCAGAUAGGGAAGAAGCUGUGAGAGGGAUAGAGCCAUAUCGCUUUGAACCCGACGCUGAUGAAGACGGUCAGGAGGACGCUGCUGCUAUUGAUGCUGGAGGAGCACACGACAUAGAUCGCCUUGAGAAUACAGAAUGGUGUACAUGUCAAAACUGUGUGAACAUGGAGACAGUGGCUGAGUGUGUCUGCUGUAGUGAAAUAGAGGCAGUGACCAGAACGAUGGAGGAGGAGGGGGUGAAGACGUGCAUCAUAGACCACCAUGGCUUUCCAUCUGUGUGUCUGGAUGAAUGGGUGCUGCAGACAGCGUAUAACGCCUACAAACAGCAAUAUGGCAUGCUGCAGCAACAGCAAAAUGAGCGGAGACGACACACAGCCUACCGACAGUUUGUCCGCUUCUGCUGGGGAUAUCUGGGAAAGGACAUAAGGGUGGUACUACCAGCUUGUGUAGUACAUAAGAUUAGGACAACAUUCCCAUCGAUGGACUACACGGGGUUCCAAGACGUGCAGUGACUGCAACAGAAUCUACAUGGCCACUGUACUUAAUCAAUAAAAUCAAUCAAUCAAUCAAUCAGUCAAUCAAUCAAUGUUUAUUUAUAUAGCACUAAAUCACAAAUGUCUCAAAGGGCUGUACAAGCCACAACGACAUCCUCGGUACAGAGCCCACACACGGGCAAGGAAAACUCACCCCAGUAGGACGUCGAUGUGAAUGACUAUGAGAAACCUUGGAGAGGACCGCAUAUGUGGGUAACCCCCCCCCUCUAGGGGAGACCGAAAGCAAUGGAUGUCGAGUGGGUCUAACAUAUUAGUGAGGGUCCAGUGGAGCCAGCAGGAGGCCACCCCGAGCGGAGACGGGUCAGCAGCGCAGAUGUCCCCAACCGAUGCACAGGCGAGCGGUAUACCCCGGGUCCCAACUCUGGACAGCCAGCACUUUAUCCAUGGUCACCGGAAUAACCCCUCCACGUGGGGGGGGGGCAGAGGAGAAAAGAAAAGAAACGGCAGAUCAACUGGUCUAAAAAGGGGGUCUAUUUAAAGGCUAGAGUAUACAAAUGAGUUUUAAGAUGGGACUUAAAUGCUUCUACUGAGGUAGCAUCUCUAACUGUUACCGGGAGGGCAUUUCACACUUACCGAAGCGACUCCUGUGCUUGGCGAUGGCUUCCUCCUUGUCUGGCUUCUCCAGUUCAUCGCAGAGGAAGGGAGGCACAUCCACAGUGACGCUGAGUGGUGUUCUCUCGUCAGGGGUCUGUCUGCAGCCAGCAACAACCUCCCUGAUCAAGUCAUCUACGUAGCCUGCAAAAUACAAUUGUACAUGUUCCUGCUCACAACAUAAUAUACUCAUGGAGAGUGAAACUUGACAGUAUUAUUAUCAUGAUACAAAGUGUCAAGUGUUUACAUGUUUUGUGUCCUCUACACUUACGGUAUGUUGGCUCUGUCGCGAUUUUCUUGACCACAUGGCCCCCUGCUUUAUACUUCGGGUA